AUGUCUUACUACGACCCAUACCAAGGGAUUCAACAACAACAUGCAUCGCAGCCAUACUUUCAAUACUAUUCAGGCGAAAACAACCAUCUCGUGGCUCCCGAAAUAUCUCAUAACAUAGACACCAGGGCCGGUUUUGAGCUGUAUCGCCAGUAUCAAAAUGAUUUUGGUAUGUCGCAAGAUCCCUCGCAAAGAGAUGGAUUAUCUCUCAAUAACAGCAAUGACAUCUAUAGCAAGGACGAGAGCCUGUUUCUUGAGAGCGAUCUUUCGCCAUCGCCCACUAGCCAACAGAACAUCAACCAAAACCUUGGUCAGAUCAACUAUCAGAAUUCUAUUGGCAUGGGGUUGCAUAAUAUCCAAGAUGCCAGCCUGCCAUUCAACCUGGUGUCUUACGGUGUUAAUGAUUAUCUCCAACCUGGUCACGUACAACAUAACCCAGCCGUUGAUAUGCUCUAUCGUGCACCACCGCAACAGACCAUAGUUGCACAACAACCCAGUGCAACUACACUGGUAGCUCCCUCUAGAACAGUGUACUUGGGCAAUAUACCCAGUGAUAUUGAGCCCAAUGAAUUGUUGGAUUAUGUGCGGAGUGGAAUUUUAGAAAAUGUCAAAAUUUUACCUUCGAAGAACUGUGCGUUCAUUUCCUUCAUAGAUCUGCAGUCUGCGUUGCUUUUCCAUUCCGACUGUAUUUUGAAGAAGUUGAACAUUAAGGGCCACGACAUUCGGAUUGGAUGGGGCAAGAACACCUCCAUAUUACCUGCCGUCAUGGAGGCCAUUCAAAGAGAUGGCGCCACCCGUAAUGUGUAUUUGGGGAAUAUGAACAACCCAAACUCUGGUGAUAUGAUUACGGAGGAAGAGUUGAGAGAGGACUUGUCAUGUUACGGAGUCAUUGAUUGCAUUAAAAUUAUCCCUGAAAAGGGCAUUGCAUUUAUUCACUUCUUGUCCAUUUUGAGUGCCAUCAAGUGUGUUUCCAACUUACCUUUGAAAGAGAAAUACUUGGACAAGAAAUGUUUCUAUGGUAAGGACAGAUGUGCUUUUAUUACCAAAACACAGCAGCAUAACGCUGCCCAAUAUUUGGGUUUAGCUCCUGGAAUGGAGCAUGUUGUUACCGCUGCUGACCGUGAAUUCAUUUCGAGUGCAUUGGUACAACAGUCAGCUGCUGCUGCCCAAAUUGCUACUCAAGCUGGAGGCGCCAAUAAUCUAGGAAACAGAACAGUUUACUUGGGAAACUUACACCAAGACUCCUCCGUGGAGGAGAUUUGCAAUGUCGUUCGUGGAGGUUUGUUGCAAAGUAUUAGAUUCUUAAAAGAGCGUCAUGUUUGCUUCAUUACCUUUAUUGAUCCCAUUGCUGCUGCUCAAUUCUUCGCCAUGUGCCAACUUCAUGGGUUGACUAUUCAUAAUAGGCGGAUUAAAGUUGGUUGGGGUAAACAUUCCGGACCAUUGUCUAACGCUUUGUCUUUGGCUGUCUCUAACGGUGCUUCGCGUAACAUCUACGUUGGCAACAUUAAUGAUUUCCAAUACUACAACUCAAAAAAAUUAAGAGACGACUUCUCUAAUUUUGGUGACAUUGAGCAAAUCAAUUACCUCGAAGAAAAGAACUGUGCAUUCAUCAAUUUUGUCAACAUCGCCAACGCUAUAAAGGCUAUAGAUGGAAUUAAGUCCUUCAACGACUACAAAAAUUUAAAAAUCAAUUUUGGUAAGGACAGAUGUGGUAACCUUCCAAGGCAAUUCCAAAAUCAACAAGCGCUCCAAUCGGCGAAUGGUUCCCAGUUUGCUAACGGAAAUUCUCAACAAUUAAGUGAUGAAGGCUCGUUUUCUGACUCGGAGUUUGUUGAUGAGAACAUUAAAGAGUAG